AGACAUUUAAAUCGGCUGUUGACAUUUUUACGCUAACACCGAUAUCGUUCCACUUUUGAAGAUCCACUUUUUAUAAACAACACGCAAGCAGUCACGUAUUUCGUCAGUUAUGGCUUCGAAUAUCAACAUAUCUAUAUUACCGCACGUCGCGACUAGACUAUUUUUCCUCAUUUUAUUUGAUGUAGCUGUUGUUAUUGCCUUUCUCGAUAUCGACGAACUCAAGUCGGUACAUUAUGGUAUUGAGAUAUCGAAAGAACCAAUUUUAUUACCUCAGGAAACCCUACCAACGUCAGUUCAUCUGAAGUCAAAGUAUGGGCAACAGUAUCACUGCAACUACCCCGAUCAUCAUGAAUAUGAAAAACAAACUGAAGAUAAUGAAAGAGUUGCCAUGGAGACUGGCAUUCCUGAACUACUGAAGCCAUUAGCUAAUAAGUCUUGUUUAUAUAAGACAAAAGAUUGGUGGACGUAUGAAUUCUGUUACGGCAAAUACAUCCGGCAAUAUCACCUAGAAGGUAACCCUAUUGAAAACCCUCCACAACAAUAUACCUACUUAGGAUAUUUUGAAUCUGAAUACAAAUGGGAAAACAGAACUAAUGAAGAGAUCAUAUUACGGAACAAAUACCUGCAGAAUCGAUACCACAGCCAGUGGUAUGUGAAUGGCAGCAGAUGUGACUUAAGUGGAAAAAGUCGCCGGACUGAAGUGCGAUUUAUGUGUGAAAAGGACAUCAUUGAUUAUAUUGAACGUAUAGAUGAACCUGAGACGUGCGUGUAUAUGUUGACAGUGUACACUUCAGUUAUUUGCCACCAUCCUUAUCUCAAACCUCCAACACCCAACAAACCUGUACCAAUUAUAUGUAAUCCUGUUCUGGCCCAAGAUCAGUUUGAUAAAUAUUUAGAACACAAGCAAAAUGAAGAAAAAAAGAAAAUUUCAAGAAUUGAAGAACAGAUAGAAGAAUUUAAAAAUGUUGAUUCCACAAAAGAUGCAUCGUUAACAGGAAAUGGCAAAGAUGUCGACAUAAAGAUCAUCAUCAUUGAAAACCCGGCAGCAUACAAGGAGAUGCUGUCCUUGGUGGAGAAGUCCCUCUCAAAGGAUGCUCCUGUUGAUGGAGCAGCAUCCUCAAAAGUGUCUGGCUCUGACAAAACACAACACUUAGCUAAAAGCAAGAGGCGUACCUGGCCGUUUCUGUUGCCCAAAAAGAGCAAAAAUGCUAAAGGUGAUAGAGGAGACGAAGAAGAAGAGGAGGAAGAAGAGGGGAAAGAUAAAGAAAAAGACCAGGGAGGAGAGGAAGAAGCAGGCUUAAACAUGGAAGCAGAGAGGAAAGAAGAGAAGGAGGAAGCAGUGGAAAAUAAUAAAGGUGAUAGGGACAGUAAAGAGGAAAGUGACUUCCUCCAACACGCUUCAGAAAUGGCAGAAAAACAAUUGAAUGAUAUCCUUCAAAAUGAAAAACACCAAGAACCACAAAGUGAAACUGAAAAAUGGAUAUACAAUUAUUUAGACAAAGGUUCUGCAAAUGAUGCACCCUCACCAUCCUCAGAUCCUGAUGGGGUAACACCAGCUGCUAGUGAUGAAGAACAAACAGACAAACUAUCUGACAGUGCAACAGAUAAAGAAGCUGACAAUAAAGUUAAAGUCCGUGUAAGUAAACUCGGGCAGGGCGGACUCUUGACUGAUGAAGAAGAUGUAAUGGAUAAAGAAAAUAAUAAACUAGAAGAAUCUGUUAAAGAAGGAUUAGAAAAAGCUGGAAUACAACUAUCAGGUGAUAAAGUAAAAGUACGAAUUUUCUCUACUGGUUUCUCUGGGAAGGACACAAUCAAGAUCUCAAAGGAAGAAGCAAAUGCUGUGAAGAAUAUGGUAAUUACUGUCUUGAGCGACAACCAACAACUUCUGAAAGAAAACGAAAAACAGAAACAGCUGGAAGAAAAUUAUUCGUUUGUGUGGAAAGACGGUAGGAAAAGGCAGCAGUCACAGAAGGAAACUCCCAAAUCAUCCACGUAGUUCUUCACUGGAGAGGAAAGAAAUUUCAACAUAGAGAAAUAACUGCAACAAUAAAAUUAACAACCACCUCAGCAACAACAACAAUGACAGCCACUGCAGCAGCAGCAGCAGCAGCAACAACAAUGCCAAUAACAACAACAACAACAACAACAACAACAACUGUGUCACUAGUAGUAGUAGCAGCAGCAGCAGUCACAACAAUAAAAAUUAUUACUUAAUUGCUA